UCCCCACCCCCAAUCCCACCUUCAAUCUUUCCCUCCUUUCCACCAGCCCUCCUCUUUACACUCUGGGUUUUUUGCUUCUCUCCUGUCAGGCUAUGGGUUUUGCCCUUCAUUCCUUGUCCUCCCCUUUCCCUGUCCUGAUCUGAACUCCUUUCUUUGCUCCACUCCCUCACCCUUAUCCCUCCGGGCCUAUCCUCUUUCACUGCCCUCUCCUUGGAUGGAGUGGGUGGGGCUGGAGUCUCCUGUUUACAUCUUUGGAAAUAUCUCAAUUUACUAGUACUGGGGGGAAGCGGGCCUGGGGAGAGCAGGUGGAGACCUGUGGUCUAGGGAUUUACCCAAAACUGACAGUAAGGAUGGAUGAUUCUUACCGUCCAGGAUCACCUCCACCUGAGUACCAAGGGGGUCUGUCAUCCGGCUGGGCCAGGAGUGCUGUUCAGUGAUUCUUCAGCAUCCUUUCUGCAGAGGAUCUGGGAAUGUAGUUGUGUUCUGAAACCAGGGGAUAGCCUGGAAAUAGUAUAUCCUGGUCUGAGAACAGGUUGCGAUCUAAAUUGGUGGUUGGAGAAGUUUUAAUGUAUGUCUCAUCUCCCAAGUUCAAUAAAACCUUUGAUCACAGUGUCCUUCCCCUUUGGUGAUGACUCUUACGACCAGGUGACUCAAUAGAUGAGACUACCGUCACACCCUUGCACUAGGAUCUUGAAAUGCUUUGAAGUAGGAGGGCCUUUUCUCCAGCUGUUUGUUUUCCAGAAAUCGCACUCUUGGAUUGUGAGUUUUCGAAAGCUGUGUCUUACCUCUGCACAUUGAUUUUGUUUGUUCACUGCACCUGCCUUCCAACCUUAGGUACAGGAAGAAGGAAUGGAAUUGGAAGGAAGAGAAUUCAUUCCAGAGACAAAAUAGCUUCUCUCCUCUGUGAUAGCUGUUCUCCUGGUAAUACAGACUUUCCGCUUUCAGGUUCUGCAGCAUUCCAGAUCUCAAGCACUGAAUCAGGAUGGGAAAAAGACGUUGUGUUCCUCCACUUGAGCCCAAGUUGGCAGCAGGCUGUUGUGGGGUCAAGAAGCCCAAAUUAUCUGGAAGUGGAACGCACAGUCACGGGAACCAGUCCACCACUGUGCCCGGCUCUAGUUCAGGACCUCUUCAAAACCACCAGCAUGUGGAUGGCAGCAGUGGGCGGGAGAACGUGUCGGACUUAACUCUGGGGCCUGGAAACUCUCCCAUUACCCGAAUGAAUCCCGCAUCGGGAGCGCUGAGCCCUCUUCCCCGGCCCAAUGGAACUGCCAACACCGCCAAGAAUCUGGUGGUGACCGCGGAGAUGUGCUGCUACUGCUUUGAUGUCCUCUACUGUCACCUCUAUGGCUUCCCGCAGCCGCGACUUCCUAGAUUCACCAAUGACCCCUACCCGCUCUUUGUGACUUGGAAGACAGGGCGGGACAAGCGGCUUCGUGGCUGCAUUGGGACCUUCUCAGCCAUGAAUCUUCACUCAGGACUCAGGGAAUACACGUUAACCAGUGCACUUAAGGACAGCCGAUUUCCCCCCCUGACCCGAGAGGAGCUGCCUAAACUUUUCUGCUCUGUCUCCCUCCUCACUAACUUUGAGGAUGCCAGUGAUUACCUGGACUGGGAGGUAGGGGUCCAUGGAAUCCGGAUUGAAUUCAUCAAUGAAAAAGGCGUCAAGCGUACGGCCACAUAUUUGCCUGAGGUUGCUAAGGAACAAGACUGGGAUCAGAUCCAGACAAUAGACUCCUUGCUCAGGAAAGGUGGCUUUAAAGCUCCAAUUACCAGUGAAUUCAGAAAAACGAUCAAACUCACCAGGUACCGAAGUGAGAAGGUGACAAUCAGUUAUGCAGAAUAUAUUGCUUCUCGUCAGCACUGUUUCCAGAAUGGCACUCUCCAUGCCCCGCCCCUCUACAAUCAUUACUCCUGACACACGGCUGCAUGACCCGUCCCAUCCCCCCGUGGCCACCAGUGGCUAUGACAUCAUUGGAGCAGAUGCCUCCUCUUCCUGGUCCAGUUACUUCUAUUACUGCACCAUUUUAUGAUGCUAGCUUCCGUUGCCAAGUCUGCCUCCCUCUGACUGAGGGGGGUGGGGUUACACUGAAUGAAAGAGAACUUGAGGGGCCCAAGCCUUAUCUCAGCCUUUCCUCAAUACGGGGUUCCGUUGGAUUGGGGCUCCUCCACGAGCGGUAAGAAUCGCUGUGUGGGUUUAGAAGACCCUCGGCGCGCAGGGGCCCCUGGCGAUUCACUGCAUGCGUGGUGGCCACACAGUGGAAGGUGGAAUUGGUGGUCUCUAAAGGCUGACCCCCCACACACACCCCUGCCGCCUCCCCAGAGCAAGGAGGUGUGUUCCUCUGGCAGUCUGGGCAACGGAGACCAACAAGAAACAUUUUUAGGUUGUUUUAAAUUCCUUUUUUUAAACUUCCAGUUUAUUGUGUACCAAGAGUUGAUCACAACGUCCGUGCUUCACAAGUGGAUGCCAUGUUAGGGUUGACUGUGGGCACCACGAGUCCUUUGAGGCUCCUGGACAGAGACCCACAUGGAGAUCGGAAGCCCUGCGGACGGUGCGGCAGUUCUCAUUACGGCUCGGUACGCUGCGAAGGCUUCCCUCGGCCUGCUCUCGGUUGGUGUUUCCGACACUUCUGCAUCGAGUCUCCUGGCCUUGUCAGCUGUCGUGUCGUCUGCUGAGGAAUGGAGCACAGGUGCCCCCAGGAGGGCUUUGCCAGCAUCACUGCACGCAGGCAUGGAAGGAGCGGUCCCUGCCCGGCCACCAGGCCACCUCACUCCUCCACCGGUAGCAGUGCCUGAGGAUCUAGGUUCCCGGAGGCAGAGAGGUUCAGAUGAGCAGUUGGGUGGGCUUUAUGAGGACACGCUGGCAGAGUGGAGGAUCCAGGGUCCCCAAGCUCUUUCCCUUUUCAGGCAAACAUCCGAGGGACCUUUAAGCAGGGGAGUUCGUUUUCCUGGUUUGUCUGUGGAAGCGGGAAGACUGGAUGUUUCAGUCCUUUAUGGGACUUUAGAGCAAGGCUGUGUGAUUAAAGAAGGUGAAUCUUGAUCUUGCCUCACAUGCUGGGAACUUUCACCCCACCAGGGCAAAUUUCCAAAUAGCUCAUUUUAUUCUCGAUCAUUCAAACUUUCAUGGGACAUAUUUCCCUUUCCCAAUGUUGCUGAUUUCCAAGUUAUCUGUCAGCAAGUUUCUCCUCCCUCUUGCCUAUUCUCCAUUCAUUUGGUGGCAAAGUUCAUAGAACUAGGAGACUUGGAAGAUGCUUUGAAAUCAUUAUCACAAAGGCACUGCUACAGUGAUUCCCAGGAAGAUGUGGCCAGUUGGAAGAAAGGAUCCUAAGGAUGAUACACUGGUUUUCAACAGCAUGAUUAGAGAACUCUUGAAGUGGAUUGGGUGUCGACCCAGUAAACACCGUGUUUUGAUUUAAUAUAAUUUUUCUAGUUGA